AAUAAAAUACAAACAUUAUUAUAUAUCAUUGAAGGUCUUAAAGGGAUUCAUCAAAAUCAGAAGGUUCAUCAUGAUUUACAUCCAGGAAAUAUACUAUUUUUGACAAAAAGUUUAAAUACUUUUAAUAACAAAUCAUUAUUUAUAUCAGAUAUGGGAUUAUGUGAAGAUGUGAGUAAUACAGGUGAGGUAAAACCUUACGGAGUUAUUUCUUAUAUGGCUCCUGAAGUGCUGAGAGCUAAAGCUUAUACUCAAGCAGCAGAUAUAUAUAGCUUUGGUAUGAUUAUGUAUUUCACAGCAACUGGGAAGCAACCUUUUAACAAUUGUGCACACGACCAUCCUCUAAUAUUAGAUAUAUGCGAUGGAGUUAGACCUGAAAUAAAUGAACUGGAAGCACCAAAAUGUUAUAUUGACUUAAUGAGAAGAUGUUGGGAUUCAAAUCCAGACAAUAGACCAAAUGCUAGUGAAAUA